UGAAGAAUCCGAUGAAAUUUUCUGAGACGACUUAGCUUUUACAAAGUCACGCCUAUUGUAGUUUUGUGUGUUCAUCAUAUGCUUUUCAAUCUCCCUUCUAAGUACUUCCAUGCAUGUGUUAGAGGACCUGAUCGAAUUCCGGCCAUAUCAAUAUAUCAAAUAUAUGCCUUGAUAGAUGGCUUCUACCUCUUCUUCUGUUACUGCUUGGCGAUCAACUCAGGGAUGGACGUAUGAUGUUUUCUUGAAUUUUAGAGGUCCAGAUAUUCGUAAGACUUUUAUAGAUUUUCUUUAUGAGUCGCUGGUACGUAAAGGAAUUCGUACUUUCCAAGAUGACAAUCGACUGGAAAAAGGAGACUGCAUCACCCCGAGCCUAAUAAAAGGUAUUGAAGAAUCGCAGUUUUUUAUUACAGUCUUCUCCAAAGGCUAUGCAUCGUCAAAAUGGUGUUUGGAAGAACUUGCAACAAUCAUGGAACUCCAAGAAAAGUUCCGCAGGCAAACUGUGGUGCCAGUUUUUUACGACGUGGAGCCUACAGAUGUCCGGAAUCAAAAAGGAAGUUUUGAAGAUUGGUUCAAGACAAGCUUUUUGAAGGAUGAGAAGGAGGAGAUGGUAAGAAGAUGGAAGGAAGCUUUGAAAAGAGCAGGCUCUCUCAAAGGGUAUCAUUUGCAGAAGGACUAUAAUGGAUUCGAAGCAAAAUGUGCAGAAAACGUUGCUGCCGACAUACAUGCUCGAUUGAAUCAAGCAACGCUAGCCUAUGAGGAGAACUUAGUGGGGUUAGAAUCUAGAGUUAACAACAUUUGUAAGUGGUUGAGGUGGGCAUCUGAUAAUGAUGAUGAUGAUGUUCGAUUCAUUGGUAUUUGUGGUAUGGAAGGUAUCGGUCGAGAUACAACCGAACUAUGGGAAUUGACUGAAAUUGUAGAUCAAGUUCAAUGUCAAAUGGUUUCCAUGCCAGAGUGCUCUGACGCUAAGGUUUCCCGACUUCUUUAUACAAAUUCUGGUGUUGGCAUCUUGGCACUUAGCUCAAAUGGUACUGGAAAACUAUGGAAAUUGUCCUACAAUAAACAAAAUCCAAGCAGAAAGAAUUGGCAACCAAACACUGGUACUCCUACGAUUAAUGAUGUGCCAGGUGUCAACCUAGAGGAAACAGUUCCUUGCAUAGCCGUCUCGAAUGAUGACUUUUAUGUUGUGUCAGCUGCUGGUAAGAAGGUCUCAUUGUUUAACAUCAUGUCAAAUAAGGUAACGAAAACAAAGUCAUUGCCAUCUGCAUCAACUUUCUUAGCUUUUGAUCCUCAUCAUGACAACAACAUUAUUGCAAUUGGUAUGAAGAACUCAUCCAUAUAUAUAUGUGAUUGGGUAAAUGAGGAAUUAUUGAUCGAACUUAAUGAGCAUCGAGAACCUAUCACUGGUCUAGCAUUCUCUACCAAACUUAAAAUGUUGGUUUCAGCAGAUGCUGAUGCGCAGCUUUGUGUGUGGAACACUAAUUUGUGGGAAAUGAGAAGUUCAGUUCACAUCCAGUUGCCUGAUGGUGAAGUGCCUUCAGGAGGUGACACACAAGUGAUGUUCCAUGUUGAUCAAGUUCACUUACUAGUUACACAUGAAACACAAUUGGCAAUAUAUGAUGCAUCUAAAAUGGAACUCAUACACCAGUGCAUCCCACAUGCUUCCCUUUCUGCGCGGAUCUCUUCUGCUACAUAUUCCUGCAACAGCCAAUUAAUUUAUGCAUCCUUUAUUGAUGGGAACAUUGGAGUGCUUGAUGCUGAUACCUUAAGACUGAAAUCCCGUGUUGUUCCAUCUGCUUAUUUACCUCAUCAGCUUGUAUUGAAUGGAAGCAAGGAUGUGUAUCCACUUGUGAUUGCAGCACAUCCGCAGGAACCCAACCAAUUUGCAGUUGGAUUGACAAAUGGGUCUAUUAAAGUCAUAGAACCAUUAGAAUCUCAAGGCAAUUGGGAAGUAUCUGUAUCUUCCCCAGUUGAUAAUGGGAAGAAAAAUGGUAGAUUGGUAUGGCAGGUUCUUUGUCGCACAUUGGGAACUAUGUGUCUUGGAUUAUUUGGGGUAGGCAUCAUUCCAAUUAUUCAAACUAAAACUAGAAAAUCAAAAAUGAAUUUUGAUGGAUAUAUGACAGACAGCUCCAGAACAAACAAAUCCGAUGGAGCAGAACAAGGUGAACCCAACCAGCCCAAGGUCGAGCCUAGCGCUCGGCCUCAGCCAAUCAAGUCCCGGCUAUGAGGUUCCAAUUAAAUCCAUCAAAUUUUAAAUAAAAUAAAUUGAACACAAUCAUUGGUAGCUUGAUGUUCCAAUGGCAUGCACCAAAAACUAUUGUUGAGUGGAUUUUAAAAUGUGUGUAUUUGAUCAUUAAUGUGCACUUAUACAGUAUUUUUAGCAAUGUUGCUCAUUGGUUUUUGCAAUGUUUGUAUUUGAACUAACAUUAAUGUUUGAAUUUGUAUUUGUUUCACUCCGCAAA